UCCAAAAGGAAAAUGGGACCAGAGGAGAAAAUACAGGAGUUAAUAUCAGAAAGCAUUUUCCUGGAAGCCAGACUAAAAGAAGCAGCAAAUCCAAAUGAGGUAGAUAAAUUAGUUUAUGAUCACAUUGAAAAAUAUGAAAAAUAUUUUGUUGCGCCUGACUUUGUUGAAGGACUACAUUGGUUAAAUACUUCGAAGCCACUUUCCAUACAUGGGGAUUUGCAUGGUAAGGUCACUGUUUUGGACUUUUGGACCUACUGUUGCAUCAACUGCAUGCACAUUCUCCCAGACCUACAUCAGUUAGAGAGUCAUCAUUCGAUCCAAGAUGGUCUUGUCAUCAUCGGGGUUCAUUCAGCAAAGUUUGAUAACGAGAAGCACGCUGACAACAUCGCGAGUGCCGUCGUCCGCUACGGAAUUUCUCACGCCGUCGUGAACGAUCCGGAAUUGACCAUGUGGAACGCGCUGCACGUCUGCGCGUGGCCGACCGUCGCGAUUCUCGGACCGGACGGGCAGCUGCUGCUCGUGAUGAUGGGAGAGGGUCACGCACAGACGAUGCUUCACUUCACGGGGGCGACGCUCUCAUACUUCCGCCGACGCGGCCGCAUCUCCAGCCACGACAUCGACUCGAAGCUCUUGCGAGAUAGUCUAUUCGAGGCGGAGUUGCUCUUUCCGGGGAAGGUGGCCGUCGAUUCUAGCGGGGCGCGUCUGGCGAUCUCGGACACCGGACACAACCGUGUCGUCGUUGUCGACAGGAAGGGUGUCGUCGUUCACUGCGUCGGCGGGAGAAAAUCGGGAUUCAGAGACGGGAGUUCUGCCGAAGCGAGACUGAAUGCGCCGCAGGGUCUGUGCUGGUCGGACGACUGCCUUUACGUGGCCGACACUGAGAAUCACGCCGUACGACACAUCGACCUGCGAGCCGGCGCGGUGACAACCGUAGCGGGAACCGGGCAGAUGGGGCACGACAGGGAGGGCGGGAAGCAGGGACGUGAGCAGCCGAUCAGCUCGCCCUGGGAUGUUUGCCUCGGGUGUUCCCCCGGAGCCGACGCUAGGAACGUGCUGUUCAUUGCUGCGGCGGGAACCCAUCAGAUCUGGGCGCUAUUCCUGACUGACGCCACCUGGUGGAAGAAUAGGGCCGUGCUGUCUGGUACGUGCGUGGCGAUUGCCGGGAGCGGAGCCGAAGAGAAUCGGAACAACAGCUAUGCGCACAGGGCCGGCUUCGCUCAGCCAUCUGGACUCUCGCUCGACGAAGACGGUAGCUCGCUCUAUAUCGCAGACAGCGAGAGCUCGAGCAUCCGGCGGCUGUCUUUGCUAGAUGGCGCCGUGUCGGGCGUCGUCGGAGGCGCAAAGAACCCUCGCAAUCUGUUUGCGUUUGGAGAUGUGGACGGCGUCGGCAUGGACGCGAAGCUCCAGCAUGCACUCGGGGUCGCCUUGAACCCCGUCAAUGGGAACGUCUACGUCGCCGACUCGUACAAUCACAAGAUAAAGUUCAUAGAUCUCGCGACGCGGCGCUGCAGCAUGCUGUGUGGGGCGGGUACGCCGGGCAACAGCACCGGCACCUACGCGGAGACAUCGUUCAGCGAACCGGGGGGCCUCGCUAGCGCCCCCUGCGGUGAGCUGCUGUACGUCGCCGACACAAACAACAAUUGCGUAAAGCUCGUCAACCUGAGAGAGAAAACCGUGCGGCAGUUCAACGUCACGAGCGCUGCUAGCGUAGCUGUCAAAGAGGUUACCUCUGCUCUCAGUUCUGCUAGUGUAACCACGUCAGAGGCUGCUUCAGCUUCAUCGGGAGACAGUGGCACCAUGACAGCUGCCGUGGACGAACAAGUGAGCAUCAGUAUGUCACCCAAUUCCAGACUCACGGUUCACAUUCGAUUGGAUGCUCCCACGGGCAGUGCAGUUGCCCUCACAGAGGGCGCUCCCAGUCGAUGGAAGGUCACCCUGCCAGACGAUGCGACCGUCGUCGUGGGAGACCAGAGCCAGUUGCACGGCAACUUGCGCAGUGUCGAGGCGAUGCCCCGCAUCGCUCUCACGGUGGCUCCGUGUGCUGAGGAGAGCACGUUCAUAGACGUAGAGUGCACAGCGUAUGUGUGCAGCGGCUCCCUGUGUUCAGUGAAGUCAAGGUCAUGGCACAUCGCUGUGAAGGUCGACCCCGGUAGCGGUGUAUGCGAAAAAGACGUUCGUUUAGUUCUUCGCCUGUGAAACCCUAGCAUUGAUCUUACAUUCUACACUGUAUGCCGGCUGUGAUACAAACUGGUCUCACAUUGUGUACUACUACUGUAGGACCGAGUGACGUAAUAUUAUGUGUCACUUGAUGUGGCAUCCAGAGUUUUGUUUAAAUCAGGGAAUAGCUAGUGCAUUUAGUGAUGCUUGUUUUAUAAUUGAAAAAGUAAAAAUAUUAUGCCUUACUAGUUACUAGUGUUAAACUACAUAUAUUAACAAGAAUGUCGUAAUUUAAAACACAUUAUAUUUUCAAAUGUAUUUCACUAUAGUUUAUAGAAAUAAAGAUAAAUGCUUAUAUCUAAU